AUGAGUGGACACGAGCCGUCCCGGGCCCUGCUCCUCGCCGCGCGAGCGCCGCUAGUCGCCGGCUGGACGUCCACGCCCAUCCCGUCGCUCUCGCUCUCGGCCGCCGGCCUGCUCGCGCUCGCGGACCUCGGCACCGUGGCGCGGCGUACCGUCGUCGCUGGCGGCGCCUCCUGGCUCGACGCGCUGGUCCUGGCACCCGGCCUGCACCACCAGCAGGCCGUCGACGCCGCGGCGCAGCCAUCGACCCUGACGGCGAUCGAGACGUGCCCCCGAGGCAUCGCGCCGCUCGGCCGCCGGCACCCGGUCCGCAACGCUGCCACGGUCGACUACCUGGAGCGCCUGUGCGCCGCGGCGGAAGCGGAUGGCGCGAAGGGGCAGCAGAAGCGUGAGAAGGCGGAGGUAGUGAUUGUGAACGUGGGCCUCGGGAGCGAGGAGGGCAGCGAGCUGCUGGCGAUGCUCCGCCGACGAUGGCAGCGGCGGAGGUUGAAGCGACGGCAAGACCGACCGACCGCGACGACAGCGGUCGAUCGCCUCAGCCACAUCCUCUACGUCCUCAGUCCGCUCCUCACCCUCGCCGCCAUCGUCUGCAUGGUGCUCCUCGGCGACUGGUGGGGCCUCGCCUUCAUCCUCGCCCUGAUGCUCUCCCGCGCCCUCAACAUCGCCAGCAUCCGUAACCGCAGCCGCAGCCCGGCCCCGCCACCUUCCCCUUCCCAGCCGACGACGUACGUCGUGGAGCUCGGCCGCCGCGUGGUGCUCCUCCGGGGCCGCGCCGACGACCUGCGAGCGGUCACGGCGCGCGCGUGGCUGCGCGAGCGCUCCCGCGCGGACGGCUACCGCGAGGCCGCGGGGAAGCUGAUCGUGUACGCGGCGGCGGCGUGCGGCGGCAACCUGACGCAGGCGGGCGCGAUGGCGCUGAGCGCGCUGUUGUUGUUGAGCGCGGCGCUGCUGGGGCUGAGCAACGGCGGCGGCGGCCUGUGUGAGUUGCGCGUGCAUGGGCGCGUGGCGAGGCCGGAGCGGCGGAUGGCAGCGCAGGCGGCGGGUAAGGAGGAGGUGGAGGUCGUCGUGGUCGUCGGGGAAGAAGACUUAGAGGAGGGCAGGCGGGAGGGGUUUCCGGUUGAGGAUGUCAGGGGAAGUUGA